AUGAGACCAAAUAACAUUCAGGAUACGGCGGCACCAAGCCACAAGAUCCAGAUCCGUAAGCAAGAAAAUGAGAUCCCCGUUUGGGGAACGAAGCGAGCACGGAGCGCUCUCCUCCUGGGUGGUGAUGAUCUGCUGCUGCGCUCCUCACAGAUCCCUCCGAUUUGGGGGGCGAAGCGAGCACGCAGCGCCCUCAUACGGGGGUCUAAUUGGAGAGACUGGACGAAUCUAGGGGAUGGCCCCGCGGGGCUGAUUGCCGAGCGCCUUCUGGCUAGCGAUGUCGCGGACUACGUUAGCUUCCGCGCCGUUUGCCGUCCGUGGCGACUCUGCUGCACGGACCCGCACGCACACGGCAUCCUGGACCGCCGAUUCCACCCUCGCCAGUGGAUUAUGCUGAGGGCAACAGGGGUCUCUCCGCUCCGCCGCAGUUUCUUGAAUGUCUCCACCGGCUAUUCCAGAUACGUUGACCUCCCGGAGCUCCGCGACCACUGCGUGUUUGGCCCCACUUCUGAGGGCCUCCUCGUUCUCGUCGACAUGGCCACCUACGUCGUGCGCCUACUGAACCCUUUUACCCGGCAGGCGGCAAAGUUCCCGCCGGCCACUACUCUGAUGAACCAGAGGGAUCUGGGGAGAAUCCAUCUGAGAAUGGUGUUGUUGUCUGUGUCCGGUGCUGGCCUUGCCGACGACAACACCUUCGCGGUUCAUUUCCAUAUGAUGAGAACACUUGCUGUUGUCAAGCCAGGUGAUGUGCAUUGGACAGUUGUUGAUCGUGGCAAACUACUCUUUCCAGCCAUGUCUUUCGCGGGCCGCUUCUACUGCUGUGCCACCGAUCAUGCUGUGAUGGUGGUUGAAACCAGUGCAGAUCGGCCACCGCGGCUGGCCCUCGCCGCUGAACUGAUUAGGCCGUUUGGCAGGAUAAUGAUGGAUACUGUGCAUCUGGUGGACAAUGACGGGGAGCUGAUGCUUGUGGACCGUGAAUGCCCAAUCAAUAGCGGUAUUAAAUAUAAUGUGCAUCGUGUGGACUUGGAUGCAAGGAAGAUGUUGCCUGUCCGUGGGCUCGGUGGACGUGCUGUGUUUAUUGGUACAGAAUUAUCCCUUUCUGUCUCACCUUUGGUGUUCCCGUCUAUUAGUGCCGAUACAAUUUACUUGGGUUUUGAGGGUUGCAUGACAAGCAAUAGCCCGAUUGAUCUAAUGGAUGGAACAUCAUAUCCCCGUCAACGGGAAAGGAGCGUUUGUGGACCUUCAGGUCUUGAUUACUAUCUAUCCUGGUAUGUCACGGGCUAUGGCGACACCUUAAGGAUGCGUAGUGUGAUCUAA